GAACACCGAUCACGGAAAGAGCCGAAGAUGUCGGCUCGGUCAUGUGAUCAGCUGUGUCCAAUCACAGCUGAUCACAUGGCAUUGAUGAUCAGUGUAGCCCCAGCAGUGCCACCUGUCAGUGUACAUCAGUGCCUUAUGUCAGUGCCUCGGGCCAGUGCCCAUCAGUGCCACAUAUCAGUGCAUACCAAUGCCACAUAUCAGUGCCCAUCUGAGCUGCCAGUCAGUGCCGCCUAACAGUGCCAGUCAGUGCCGCCUAACAGUGCCAUGUAUCAGUGCUGCCUGUCAAUGCCCAUCAGUGCCACCUACCAGUGCCUCCUCAUCAGUGCCACCUAUCAGUGUCCAUCAGUG